UGUCAGCACUAUGACUACCUUUACUCAAUACAACUUCAUGAAUAUUCAUAAACAUUUUACUUUGUGGUUAACCGGAUCUCCGUAACUGACAUUCGAUCGCAACCGUGGACGUUGUUCUUGCCUCGUUGCCUAUACAAAGAAACCCACAUAGGUGAACUAGUUUUCUGAAACACGUUGAGUAACAUUAAUUUUCGUUCACUGUGUGGUCGUAUGCCUGGAUACUGACUUCAGUAUUGGUUGUAAAGGAACAUGAACAAACUCUGCCCUCAGUGUUCAGAAGUCUCGUGAUUCUCUUAAUAAUGGCAGCCAGUGUCUCGACCCCCAGGGCAGGGAUAACGUUACUGCAGGUAAUGACUUUAUCCUUACUUCCACUGAUCUGUUUGAUGGACACGAGAGGAUCAGCUAGCACGGUUGUUCCAUGUAACAUCUACAACUCCUCGCAGCAUGGUGGACUUUCCGCAGACUGCACCCACCGAAACCUUACAAGAGUUCCUUCAAAUUUACCAUCUGACAUUGUUUUCCUAGAUAUCAGUGAUAAUGAAUUUGAAGUACUUGAAAAUUUUGCUUUUAAAAGAUUUUCAAAACUGAAGCAUUUAAUAGCGGCACGUAAUCAAUUAAAACUGCUAGAGGUUAAAACAUUUCAUGGCUGUGUGUCUUUACAAACGCUGGAUAUGGAAUUUAAUCAACUCGACUAUAAUAACCUGACUUUCCAGACUGGAGUGUUUGAACGACUGACAAAUCUUAUAACAUUGCAUAUUGAAGGUAAUCUAAACACGGAUAUGGGAUCUUAUCCUGACGACCUGUUCAAACCGCUGCGAAAUGUAGAGAACCUGUACAUUGAUACAUUCCACAACACUGUUUUUGACAAACAGUUUAGUUUUCUGCAGCAUCUUCGAGUUCUUCAAUUAGGACCCAAUUGCAAUACGUUGCAACUAUUUAACAACACGUUUGAAGCGUUUAAAAAUUCUAAGCUGGAGUCACUUUACCUAUAUGGUUGUUCUUUCAAAGAUAUAGAACUUGACACGUUUAAACCCCUUAUUUUCCUUCGCCAUCUGAUAAUGAGGUUUACCAGGCCACUUGGAAUUCGAAAAGCAUUUUUAUCAUUGCAUGGACUCCAACACAGGUCAAUGGAGACUAUUCAUUUUCACACAGUUUUACCUUCCUUGUCCAUUUCAGCAGAAGAGAAAUUACAAGCAACAAAGUUGGAUUCACAAGUCUUGCAAUAUUUGGGGAAUAUAUGCGUCAAGCAAUUAAUUGUAGUCGAUUGUGAAGUAUUUUUGAUGGAUGUUCCAAGUUUAAUGGCAACUACGUUCUCAAAGUGUAUUGAACAUAUCGACGUACAGAGAAACCGAUUCCAGGCUUAUGAUCAAACUUAUGUUGCGACUGUUCUAACCUUCGUUCACCUACGCUAUUUAGAUAUAUCGUUUUCUUCAAACGACAAACGACUUUCUUUUUGUGAAGAUACUACAAAGUCCAGAUUCGGUGUUUCGAGUGGAAGGUUCAAUUUUAAAAGAUCGUCAUCUUUACCUGUAAUAAUAUAUUUACCACGCAAUUUAAGUCUUGUAAAUAUAUGCGGUAUUAGCACAAACUUGGGCCACAUGAUCACACCUGAUGUAAAGUUUGUAAAUGGAGAGGAAGUAAACGUUAUCAAUAUGAGUUUUGUUGGUUUGACAGAUGUUUCUAUAGAAAUAUCUGGUCUUGAAAACUUGCAUACUCUGGACUUCUCACAUAACUCUGAUCUGAACAUUGAACCCAGCUUUCUAGAUGCAUUUCCAAACAUUAGGACACUUUAUUUGGGUGGAAGAUCAUUGAAAGACAAUUACUUGAUGGAACAUGGAAAAAGGCUUUUUCAGCAUUUGGAAAGAUUAAGCGUGCUAGAUAUGUCGCAUAAUGACUUGAAUAUACUGCCGAGAGAUAUAUUGAAAAGUAACUCCCAAAUAAAGGUGAUUAAUUUAGCAGGUAAUAAAUUUCAAACAUUUCCCAUUGAUACCAAAUCCACGCCGUCCCUUUCGACUCUAGAUCUUUCAGACAAUUCUCUGAGUGAAUUGGAUGCUGCUACGACGGCAGCUUUAGACAAGUUGGUAGAUCGAGAUUCUAAAAAAGGUUUAUCUCUGAUGUUAGAAAAUAACCUCAUGUUCUGUGGAUGUAGCAGUCAGAGGUUCAUUCUAUGGCUGUUUGAAACUCCGGUGCAACUGGACAACGGCGGAAACUACAAAUGUAUAUCUGAAAAUGGCUCUGUUACAACUACACGUGAUAUCUACAAUCGUUUUGAACAAGAAUGGCGGUCUUGUGUUGGCCCGUUUUGGCUUUUUCUGGCUAUAAUAGGAUUAAUUAUGCAAGCGACAACUAUUUUGUGUAUUAUCUUAGUAAUAAAAUUCAAAUCAAGAAUUAUUUGUUUUUUUCUGAGGAUCUUUGGAGCUCCCUUACGCUUACCACAUUGUCGUGAUUUUCCUUAUGACGCGUUUAUAUGUUACACACAAUCGGCCGAGCAGUUCGUUUGGUAUGACAUGGUAAGAAAUCUGGAAGAAGAACGGAAUUUGAGACUUUAUUUACGCGAUCGAGAGAUUCUCCCAGGUGACGAGAUGGUUGACGGGAUCAUGCAGGGGAUAAUGGAAAGCUGGAAAACUGUGUUUGUGUUAACACAGAAUGUUGAUGAAGACCAGUGGAUGACAUUCGCAGUGAAAGCUGGCGUCUAUAAUAUAACCGAUCUAAGAACUGACCGUGUGCUGGUGCUGGUGCACAGUGAGUAUGAUCAACAGAUUCCUGAUCCCAUUUUACGCGUUAUUGAUGAAGACUGCAUAUUCAGGUAUUCACCACAAACUACUGACCGUGAUCCGGUCUGGAAUGACUUGCACAACGCAAUUAUCGGCCAUGAAUACUAACUCGAAAAUAUCGAAAAUUUGAAUUACAGUAUCAUCUUAUAAGUCCCUGAAGACAUCAUAUUCAAGUAUUCACCAGAAACUGGUGAUGAUGAUUCGACCUGGAAUGCCUUGUACAGUGCAGUUAUAGGCUAUGCAUACCAACUGAAAAAUAUCGAUACUUUACUUUGCAGUAUCAUGUUAAACGUUUCUGCUAAGGCAAAGGACAUUAAGUGGUGAAUUAAUGAUUAAAACAAAAUCACUGUUUGUACAUUUUAUCCAUCUAGUUCAGGCUUUAUUAAACAAUUCUAUGGUAUUCAUUCUCAACGUUUGUGUUUCAAGAUGUUAUUUCUCUGCAGUCUGGUUUGUGUUGCAAGAAGUUAUUUCUCUGCAAUCUGGUUUGUGUUUCAAGAAGUUAUUUCUCUGGUAUCUGGCUAUACUAUUUCGAUACUUAUUUGAAACUAUAACAAUGUAUACAUUAACUCCUUUUAUAACCGAUUGUCACCACCGUUUUGCCUAAGCAGGUUAAUAUAGUAUAGUCUACGAUGCGACGUAGUCGAUGUAUCAUAAACGCGAAUCAGAACUGUUUCUUAGCUAGAUCUGCAUGGAAGACGUUGUGCUUUAAGUAAUGUUUUCUCUGUCAUUUAAGUAGGAAACUAAAGUUUGUUUUAUUUAACGACGCCACUAAAGCACAUUAUUUUUUUUAUCUUAUCAUCGGCUAUUUGACAUCAAACAUAUGGUCAUUCUGACACUGUUUUUUGGAGGAAAUCCGCUGUCGCCACAUAGGCUACUCUUUUACGACAGGCAGCAAGGGAUCUUUUAUUUGCGCUUCCCCACAGGCAGGAUAGCACAAACCAUGGCCUCUGUUGAACCAUUUAUUGAACCAUUGGACGUUAAACAUAUGGUGCGUUUGCGUUAAAAGGAAACCGAUGAAUUGGCGUACAACUUCAUAAUGAAUAAAAUUAAAAUUCACAUAAAACAUGCUAUUAAGUUUUAAACAUAUACCAAUUCAAAUAACAUUUUAUGAGAAAGACAUCCAGUAUAAAUAAAAAUGUUUCUUUUCAAAUUACCAUUUAAUUAUAUAGAUUAAAUCUCAUUUGUAAUAUAGGGGUGAAGACAAAAUGAUAGAACAACCAAGAUAUACAGCUUGACUUCCAUUCUGUCUGAAGUAAAAUAUAAUGCAGUACAAAUAUAGUAAAGGCAGAACUGCGCAUACUUUAGUAAAUCAGUCUGGGAGUGGCAGUCCUCUUUUUGGCGAUGCAUGAGGGCUACUAAUAAAAUAAAUAUUGAAUGAAAAAUAAAUAUGUGAAAAAAACCCCAAUACGCCUCCCCCCCCCCCCCCCCCCCCCCCCGCAUUUUACCAAUAAUAUACGAUGCACUUUGUUAUCAUAGAAAUCAUAAAAACGUACUUAUUGUUUAUUACAGUAAUAUUUGGACGGUUAUAUCAUCAUGUAAGUUGCAAGACUUUAGAUCUGAUCUGUUAUUAUUUCAUGUAAAUCAUAAAAACGUACUUAUUGUUUAUUACAGUAAUAUUUGGACGGUUAUGUCAUCAUGUAAGUUGCAAGAUUUUAGAUCUGAUCUGUUAUUAUUUCAUGUAAGUCAUAAAAACGUACUUGUUGUUUAUUACAGUAAUAUUUGGACGGUUAUAUCAUCAUGCAAGUUGCAAGACUUUAUUUCAGAUCUGUUAUUAUUUGAUACAAAUAAUAAAAACGUACUUGUUGUUUA